AUGCGCUUUUCGACCAUCCUCAUCGCCUUUUUCGCCAUCUUCGCCGUCGGCCUUUUGCCCAGCAAUCAAGUCUCGGCGGAGACCUGUCGCCGUACUUCCUGCCACACGCACAGCUCCCAGAACGAGUGCAACGGUGAGUUACCGGGAGACUCAAUCUCAUACGGACCAAAACUCGUGAAACACCUUGAUUCACGGUAUUUCCUACAUAAGUGUUUCGAUACUCAAGUCUCCUCCUAAAUUUCCCAACGUAACCUCAAAUCUCAUUUUUAUGAGGAUUGUUCGAGAAAAUUUGAAAGUCUAGCCCUACUUGUGACAUUCGCCAACGAAGAUUUUUUGAUCCGUUGCCGAGCAAAUAAUAAGCCUCUGAAAUCAAGAAAAACUGAAGUCACCAAUAAUAAGGAAACAAACCAGUAAAUAGAAAUUUGUAAAACCGAAAGCUCUCGCUUUUGAAAAUGAAAAAAACUAUUUUAAAAUUGUCGAAUCGGAAAGAAUAAUUUUCAAGCACAAUCAUUUUCAUUUCCACAAAAAAAUUGAGAGCUUGCGGAAAUUAAAAGUAGUUUAUUAAACGUCUGUUAGUGGUAAAAUUGUAAUUUUUAAUUUGAUUUCUCCCUCAGAACCACAAAAGACCCUCAUAUGAAAUAUUUCGAACUUUUAAAUUGAACUUUUUCGGAAAAAGCUGAAACAUACCAGUAGGUCUGAAGUGUUCUCAUUUUCUCGAGUUUUCAGGCGACGAACACGUCGGCAACUGGGGCUAUUGCUGGGGCGUCGCCGGAAAGUGGGAGAGCUGCUGCAAAUAA